AUGGCAAACCUAAAAGCCUUCAUCUUCUUCUUCGUAUUCCAUCUCUCGCCCUUAGCCACUUCCUUGAAACUGACUAUACAGGUUUCAAAAGGAAUGAACACUCUGCAAACUUAUAUCGGCAACCCACCCAGGUAUUUCUUAUUGGUAAUGGAUACUGGAAUGGAUAUCACUUGGGUCCAAUGUACACCAUGUGUAAAUUGCAUCACUUAUAUUGAUGGUCGGUCCUUCGAUCCCACCGGCUCGAGCUCUUACCGAAAAAUCGAUUGUGCAGAACCGACUUGCAGGUUGGUUACAGCCGAUUGCUCAGGAACAUGCGCAUAUUCUCAAUACUACUUCGAUAGCUCGUAUUCGCAUGGUGACUUUGGUACUGAUAAUUUCACCUUGGUCUCUGAUACCGAUCACCGGCCCCAAUUUGGACCAAUAUAUUUUGGUUGUGGCCGCGACAGCCAUGUUUCAUUUGAUGGCCCAUCCGGGGUGAUCGGGCUUGGGAGAGGUCCUGAGUCACUUUUUAGCCAAUUACGUUUAUCAGUCGGCCCAAAGUUCUCCUACUGCCUUCCGCAACCUCAGUAUCUCGGGUCGUUGGUCUUUGGACCGCACCCGAAGAUGAAUCAAAGCGCUGUUCAAACAAUAGCGAUUCCUCGGUCUCAGGACUUCCCAAGUCAGUACAUCCUAGAGCUCUGGGGCAUCACCAUCGGAAACAUUCCCAUCCUCACCUCUACCCCUACCCCUGGUGGAACUAUUAAGCAAACUGACGAGCGAAUGCUUAUGGUCAUCGACACCUUCUCCCCUCUUACUUAUUUGCGGGCAGACAUACAUGCAAGAUUGCUCCAAGGCCUGCGUGAUACGAUCGGCUCUAAUUUUAUAGAGGUUAGUGGCCACCUCCCCCUUUGUUACAAUGUGACUGAUGAGAGUGAUAUGGCCCGGUUUCCGUCUGUUACAUUCUACUUCUCCGGUGGGGCGGCAUGGAAGGUCGACCCUCAAAAUAUGUUUCCAUGGGCGAGUCCUUAUAAGUAUUGCCUGGUUGUGGCGCCCGUUGAUGGUUUGGGGAUGUUCGGUAGUUGGGCACAAGUGGACAAGGCGGUGGAGUACGACGUUGACACAGAGCUCAUUUCCUUUGCUCCCGCCGAUUGCCAGGAGAACAGCGGCUUGCCUCCCGCCGAUUACAAGGAGAACAGUCACUAG